AUGUUUCGCCAAUGUAGAAUAAUUAAUAGAUUUAUAAGAAAUUUUAGAGUACCAAUUAGUUAUAAAUCAAAUAAUUUUCGAAAAUUAGUUAAAAUCGGGGAAGUGUCAUUAAUAGUUUGUACGCAAACCAUUUACGCCUCAAAAAUGGGAGACGAGUCUACAGAAAAAUUAGAAGAUGAUAUUACGAAAGCAAUUCAAGAAGGUGAAGUCGCUACUAUAAAUUUAAUGACCCAAUUAAAAGAUUUUGUAGUGGGGACAAGUGAGGACUAUCGAAAAUGUAUUAAACAACAAAUAGAAAUUAUGAGAAAAGCAUCUUAUAUACACGCCGGACCUCACUCUGAAGUUUAUGAUGAGUUACCACAGUAUAGAACUUUAGCUAACGAACUAAAAAAGCAAUUAUCAGAACACUGUGCCUUAUUUAACACAUUGGUCAACAUGGCCAAAAUUAAGAAUACAGAAUUGCUUAAGGAAUGCAAGGUAGGAGAACAAAUGACUGAAUUUCAAGCCUUGCAAAGAAUAGUUGAGAAAGAAAUGGAGCUAAAUUCCAAAUGCGAAAAGGAGCUGCUACAAGUAUUUACUGAUAGUAUUUUAAAUGAAGUUUUAUUUGGAUCCGUAGAUUAG